AUGUUAUGGACAGAUGUAAGCUACCAUGACAUGGAGGAAGUAGACAAAAUGCAGUCCGUUCCUGAUCUGGAGAGUGCUUUGUGCAGUGUGUUUGGCAUCGACCUCCCUGAACCCAGAAGAGGAGUUCUGCUGGAGAUGUAUGUGCAGACUGUGCUCUUCUGCAGACAGCACAGCUUCAAAAAAGAACAAACGUCUGCUCUCUUGUCCAUCAUCAAGUCCAUUCAUGAGGCUAACAUACAAACUCCACUUAACAACAUAGAGCAGUGUUUCAAAUACUGCAAGGAGCUACUUCUCUGUCACUCAGUCAGGAGACCUCCCUUUAGUAUCAACCUCUUCAGCUCUGAGGAGGUGAGCUGCAUCUUACAGUACAUACACAACAGCUAUAUGAGACACUACAAACUCUACAAAUAUAUUUUCACUCCACAGGUAAAACUUGAUUUGUCUUUGACUUACUCUGGGAUCCCAGACCAGGAUAAACAUACUGUGGAGGAUUCUUCUGCUCCAGAAGCAGAAGCAAAGACAGACAGCGGCCCUCAAACACAAGAAGCAUCCAUUGCAGAGUCAGAGGGAGACAUGCUCGGUUCAAACUCAGAACUGAAGGCGCUGAUAGAGAAAGAGGUCAAAGAGCAGAUGAUGCAUGUGUCCGGACAACUAGAUCAGCGAAUGAAAGAAAUGGCAGGUCAACACAACCGAGCCCUAGAAUCUCCACAGCUCAACCACAAGGCCAAAAAAUAAUGGAUUCCAAAUAAGCACUCACACAAAAUGAGUAAAUUCUGACUCAAACAUUUGUUUUAUUGUUAAUACAACUUGUUUUCUUUUUUUCAUAUACAGUACAAUUUAUACCUACAUUUGUAUAAUUACUGUACAUUUCUCACACUUUCAGGAAAAGUGCCAUUUAUUAAACUGGGGAAUG